AUGGCAGCACUGGAAAAUGUAACUCCGGUUCAUAAUUGUCAACAGGUUUUACUGAGUGUUUUUGCUCAGCAUGGACAAGUGGCCCUGUGCUUCUAUGAUAGUAAUGACUCCUCUUUACACUACAUGAAAGACACUCCUGACAACUAUGAGCUCCACCUGCUGGCCAGAGUCAUCCAGGAGCUUAGUCCCAAUGUUAUUAUCACCAGUGCAAAGCAGGAGCACUGCAUGACACGCUUCCUGCAAAAACUUGGUGCAAACCCAGACUACAAACCUGAGGUGGUAAUUUAUCCGUUUGUUGACUUUGGUCUGGAGGUCGGUAAGCAAAGGCUACUGUCUGCCCAUCUGCCUUUCCUUCCUGCCUCCAUUACAGAGAGGGACAAAUUGUCCUACCUCUCCUCCUGCAUCUCCUUUGACUCGCCCCUGAUGCUGAGGGCAGUGGGUGCUCUGCUCAAAUGUCUGGACAGGAGGAGAGUAGGAGUGGAGCUGGAAGACAGCAGUGUUGGAGUUCCAAUCCUACAGUUUCGCGCCUACACACUUAAAGGUGUUGUUUGUAUUGACAGAGACACCUACAGUGUACUGCAGAUCUUUAAGUCAGAACUUCACCCAUCAGUCUACAAGCUGCAUUCGGGUGAAAAAGAAGGACUCAGUCUUUAUGGCAUACUUAACCGCUGCAGGUGCAAGUUUGGUUCCAAACUACUACGUGAGUGGUUUCUGCGGCCAACACAGGACCUUGCUGUGUUACACAGGCGACAGGAAGUAAUACGCUUCUUCACGUCACCUCGAAACUCCGAUGCCCUGAGCACUCUGCAGUCCUCACUGCGCAACAUCAGCAACAUACCAACUCUUCUGCGCAAAAUGUCUCUCUCUCACACCAAAGUCACAGACUGGCAGAGUCUCUACAAGACAGUGUACAGUGUGGUGUGUGUCAGGGACACAGUGCGGCGCCUGCCUCAGUCCAUUCAGCUCUUCCGUGAUAUAAGCGAAGGUUUCUCUGAUGACCUCCAGUAUAUUGCCUCACUCAUCAGCAGAGUUGUGGAUUUUGAGAGCAGCAUAGCUGAAAACCGCUUCACCAUCAAACCAAACGUGGACUCUGCAAUUGAUGAUAAGAAGAGGAGGAUGAUGGGUUUGUCCGACUUCCUAACAGAUGUAGCCAGAAGAGAGCUGGAACACCUGGAUUCUCGUAUCCCCUCCUGCUGCGUUAUCUACAUCCCACUGAUUGGGUUCCUGCUCUCUGUCCCUCGCCUGUCCAGCAUGGUAGAGAAAGAGGAUUUUGAGAUAGAAGGGCUUGAUUUUAUGUUUCUUUCAGAGGAUCGUCUGCAUUACCGCAGCCAGCGAACCAAGGAGCUGGACGACCUCCUAGGAGACUUACACUGUGACAUCAGAGACAUGGAGACAGCAGUGAUGACCCAGUUGCAGAGCACAAUCCUCGAGAGAAGCGCUUCCCUCUACAAGGUUCUGGGUCUGACUGCUGAGCUGGACUGUCUGAUGGCUCUGAGCAGUGCCUCUCAAGAGUACGGCUACUCUUCACCUAAACUCUCCAGCCACAGAAAGAUCUCAAUCAUACAGGGCAGACACCCUCUUUUAGAGCUGUGCUCCCCUGUGUUUGUGGCCAACUCCUUUCUGAGCUCUGAUUCAGAGGGCAGAGUCAAAAUCAUCACUGGCCCAAACUCAUCUGGCAAGAGCAUCUACCUCAAACAGGUGGGUCUAAUUGUGUUCAUGGCUCUGAUUGGCUCAGACAUUCCUGCAAAGGAGUCAGAGAUCGGUCUUGUGGAUGGGAUCUUUACCCGCAUGCAGAGCAGAGAGUCCGUGUCUGUGGGCCUCAGCACCUUCAUGAUAGACCUCAACCAGAUGGCCCAGGCUCUGAACAGCAGCACCGGCAACUCAUUAGUUCUCAUCGAUGAAUUUGGAAAAGGAACUAACACAGUGGAUGGACUGUCCCUGCUGGCUGCAUCGGUCUCUUAUUGGUUGAGAAAAGCUCCCGUGGAUGUUCCUCACGUGCUGUUGGCCACUAACUUUCACAGUUUACUGCAGCUGGGCCUCCUACCCUCCUCUGGCCUGCUGUCUCUUCUGACUCUAGAGACAGCUGUGGACGGUGAUGAGUUGGUGUUUUUGUACCAACUGAAGGAAGGGAUCUGUCAGUCCAGCUAUGCUGCAAACAUCGCCACUCUGGCAGGCCUACCAACCAGCCUUGUACAGAGAGGAGUGGAGGUGUCUGAACUGUACAGGACAGGACGUCCUGUCAAACGCAUUGACAAAGCAUCAUCAGAUGAGCAGGCGAACAGGUGCAGGUCUGUGGUGGAGAAGUUCCUGUGCUUGGACCUGGAGGACAAAGACUUGGACCUUCAGCACUUCAUGAAAGAGGAGCUCCUGCCCUCUGCUGGGGAGCUGCUAAACCGCAGCUAA